CCGGAGACACAUUUAGACUCGUAUAGCUCCGAAUGAAUGAUGUCAGGCCGUGCGCUGUUGUACAGGAGGAGGUGGCGAUGUCUUGUCAGUAAUAUGUUACGUGUCGGCUAAUAACUGAAAGCGCCUGUCGCGCGAUCAUAGAUGUUCUAUGUUAUCACACGUUUAACGCACGUCAACGGACUCAUCUGUAAUGAUGUUGAUCAAUACAGGGAGCAAAGGGCUAAUUGUUUAAUCGAUGCGUUGGAACCCCGUUACGGUGUUGUAGUGGAUAGGAUGCAAUCUGUGACGACGUUCUUAUAGCCUACGCAUUUUUUUUAUACAUUUGCAACAACUUUGUAUUUUAGUCAUACUAAAAACACAGUUGUAUGGAUUUGUAGCACAAGCGGCUAUGAACCUUUUUUUUCAUACAAUAAUUCGGGUUGGGCUGACAUUUCAUUUUUGAAUAUUUAACAGCAACGGAGAUUCGCUGCAGCCAAUCAGAGGAUGAUUUGACUUCGACGUCACCGCGUCCAACAAGUUCUGCUUUUCGCGUCGAAACAGAAAAUCAAACGUCAAACAAUUCCAACGGUACGACGCCAAUUGGGUUUACAGAACGUACGUCCAAAUGAGUAUUCCCCCCAAAACUAGACCUGCGUGUUGACCCACGAGGAGCCCGGAGGGGCGAACCGACCCCUCGGGUAGAGGAGGUGGGCGGGGCCUACGCCUCCAGCUGCGCUGCCAUUGGUUCCGACGGUGUAAACAUUCACGUUUAAAUGCCUGUCGGUGGCACCAAUUCACAAAGACCUGCGAACGCUGAACGCUCCGUAGCUGCUCAAGAUGGUGACCAAGAGGAUCCGCUCGGAGUACAUGAAGAAAUUCAAAGAUCCCAAAUGGGAGACCUACUCUAAGUGUUAUGAGGAGAUGCUGAAGUACCGGCUGACCCGCAGGCUGCUGGAGCACACACACAACCCCUGGUUCUGGAGUGGGCCCGACAGUGACACCGACUCGGCGGAAACAAGUCCCCCACCUCCUCCCAGUAAGAACCAGGUCAGGCCUGAGACCAGCAGAGGCAGGGUGGAGGUGGAGGUGGAGGUGGAGGAGUGUGAGGGGGCGAGGCUGGAUCGACGGCGGGAGCAGCCGAGCAGAGCCAACGGGACUGUGCCCAGGCUUUCCCUUCCCAAGGAGGAGCACGUGUCUGCAGUCCAUGGCUCACAGCUUGAAUGCGCCGGAGAGACAGAAGUAGCAGAGGAGGAGAGAGGGGAGCAGACUCACUGUCAAGACCGAGGAACAGACGGCGGAGGAAUCAGACCACAGCAGACCAAACCCUCCAAAUCCUCAAAGCACACGAGGCGCUUCCGGCGGGUCCGGCCGGCACCGACGCGGCAGCCCACGGACGACACCAAGGACGGCAGGCAUCCGUUUGCUCUCUACGGUUCAGGGGAGAAGGACGCAGACAUGGCAAGCAGGAAGACGCACAACGUAGGCCCUGCCGCUUCUACCAACGAGAUCCACAAGUCGGCUCUUCGCGCCAAGAUCAGGCGGGAGGUGGAGCGUCAGAUGCAGACCCAGACGACUGAGCGCCAGAGAGCCAAGUCUGCCGAUACGGACAAGACCGGCAAGGUGGUUCAAGCAGAGUUCAACCCCUGGGUCACUGAGUACAUGCGCAGCUUCUCUGCUCGCUCACGAUAGGACACAGACGCGCAUACAUCUACACACUCUAAAUGAUAACCUCAGGUUGGUUAUGGAUAUAGUUUCCAUAAUAAAAGGCACUAUUGCCUACCUCUUCUAAACUUUAAACACCAGUACCUGUAGACCAGAGCACGGAGUGGGUUGAUUCAUACAGAGGCUACGAAAUUCAUCAUUCAAAUGAACAAAACUCAUUCAUUGUGUUGCUUAUUUCAGAUGUGUACUGUCAUGUUUCUACAUUAAUCAAUUUUAAUGUGUACAUACAACAAGAGCCAUUUGACAAGAGACUUGUGUUAGAUUAGACGAUUUUAAACUAUACUUCCUGGAUUUGUCAAUUGAGUACAGAUACUUUGAGUGAAAUGAAGAGUUUAAAAUGUGUUUACAGCCAUACUUUGAUGCAUUCCCUACAAAAUGCAUCCACGUCUUUUAUUCAGGGAUACCAACCCACAGUGGACUAACGCAGGAGUAAUGAACGCACCAGGCGGUAUGUCUGAAUAGAUCAAACCACGUUCUUAAAAAACACUUCUGAAAUCCAAUGUGCAACCGCAAACAUGAAGACUGUACACGUACACUUGCAUACACAUAUUGACAAAACCAAACGCACCAUCAAGACGUUUUACGUCUUUUGAUGUUCUCAUCACUUGGCGCUGUGACAUCCGUCCUGUAGAUUUCAUGUUUUUUUUGUAGAAGUUCAUUGAUUAAUCUCCACUUGGUCAAACUCACUCGGUGUAACGUCACAGUUCUGUGGCACAUUUUUCUGUCACCUUUUGACAUGAUUGACAGGUGAGAGUCACAGGAGGGCGUGAAAGAAGAUUAUUUACUUUUUUUUAAAUGUUUAAAAAAAUUCAAAACAUUACAAUUAUAUCAAUCAGUUGUUGAGGCCAAAUAUGUGUAUUGUUACUGUUACUCUAAAUAUGCUUUACAACCAAAUGUGGAACCAUAACAACGGUGGACGCUAAGGUGACUAAAUGUGCACAUGUUCAUACUGCUGAUUUUCUGUUUAUUUUUUAAAGCAGUGCACCACAGCACUUUGGUAAUUAGUCACCUUCUUGUUAUUAAUGUAGAUGCCGAACUCCUAUUUGCCCGUUUGGCUUUUCAUGUGAUUUGCUGAUUUGAAUCAAUGUAGUAGUUUGUGUGUAAAAUCCCCAAAAAGUAAUUGGUACCUGCAUAAGAAAACAAGAAUUGACGAUCCUUUGUAUAAUGGAUUUGGUCUUUUCCUCGUGCAAACAUUUAGAUUAGAUCCCUCUAUUUUAUGUUGAUGAAAAAUGAAAAGUGCCGUGUUCUAUAAAAGAAAAGAAUACGUUUUUGCCCUCAUAUUACAUAAUAUGGAUUGAAGUUAUUAAUGUGAAUAUUGUGCAGAAGAAAAGUACGGACAUUUAAUAUCCUCUUUGAAAUGUUUUGUUUAGUAUUGCCAUGACUGUUCUUUAAUUAUUUAGCUUAUCAGUUUUAUGAGUCCUAUAAUAUAGAUUAAACAAAACGUGAAAUAAUGUGCAAUAUGAUAGUUUGAAUCAUUUUUGUUUUGUGUAUGUUGUGAACUCUGAACAAAACCAACUUUUCUUUUCUAAUAAAUCAGAUACUUUUAAACUAAGAUCAUAAUAUUAAAUUACCUGAUUGUCACAUUCUUUUCUUGAUUAUGUAGAGCAGAGAUCCAUCAAGCCCAAAUGUUACUUUAAAAAGGGACAUUGUCAUCACAUAUGAUCCUCUUACUCAAGAAAUGAAAUCAGGGAAGGAUGAGAUUUUAUAAUCAAUGAGGAAUCAGAAGAACUUUUGUUUCACCUUUUGACAAAAUCCACAAUGUCGACUGUGGUUGUAGGGAAAAGCUACUGGUCCUCACAUAUUUAAUUUACGACACGAGGACCGUAACAAUUACAGAAUUGUGUAUCUUACACGUUAACAUUUUCAUGUUUUAGGCUUCACAUAGACGUGUAUGUAUUUUAUUUGUUUUGGAACAAAAGACUGUCUUGCAAAGAAUUUCAAUGAAUCAAUUUUCUACAUCUGUUAAUCUCCAAACAUUUGUACAUAUUAUUCAGAAAAUUUGAGAUUACAUUUCAUCAAAGAAAAAACAUCAAUUACGCAAUGGACUACCAACAAAAAUGUGUAUUAAAAGAAAAUAAAUUGAUUUUCAAAGACA